AAGAGGCGGGCUCGCCAGGUUGGAUGGACGAGGGUGCCGGGGCCUGUCUGGAUGAUUGUCUGACUGCGGAACGAGCGAUGUGGGGGAGGUUAUUGUGAGACAAUAACAGCCUUCAUAUAAAAACACUUUUUCUGCGUGACUGAUAGAAUUUGUAAUGUUGAUUUAUUUCUACCUCUGAUGGAGGAUUAACUAGAUUUCUCACUGCUACACUGGAAGACUUUGCAGAAAAUUUAAAAUGUCAUCAAAUAGGAGUCAGAAUCCUCAUGGACUUAAACAGAUUGGUCUUGAUCAAAUAUGGGAUGACCUGAGAGCUGGAAUUCAACAAGUAUAUACAAGGCAAAGCAUGGCAAAGUCCAGAUAUAUGGAACUCUACACUCAUGUUUAUAACUACUGCACUAGUGUACAUCAGUCUAAUCAAGCCCGAGGAGCUGGUGUAACCACUUCUAAAUCUAAAAAAGGCCAAACACCUGGAGGAGCUCAGUUUGUUGGCUUAGAAUUGUACAAACGACUUAAAGAAUUUUUGAAGAAUUACUUGACAAAUCUCCUUAAGGAUGGUGAAGACUUGAUGGAUGAGAGCGUGUUGAAAUUCUAUACUCAACAAUGGGAGGAUUAUCGGUUUUCAAGCAAAGUGUUGAAUGGGAUUUGUGCCUACCUCAAUCGACACUGGGUUCGUCGUGAAUGUGAUGAGGGCCGGAAGGGAAUAUAUGAAAUUUAUUCACUUGCAUUGGUGACCUGGCGGGACUGUUUGUUCAGGCCACUAAAUAAGCAGGUAACAAAUGCUGUGUUGAAGCUGAUUGAAAAAGAAAGAAAUGGUGAAACUAUCAAUACAAGACUGAUCAGUGGAGUUGUGCAAUCUUAUGGUAAAUUAAUAUUAAUGAUUAUUGGUAUUUUUAAGAUUAAUUUUCAAUUAAGAUUAAUUAAAAAUUAA